CCAGCAGCAGCACCACGAGAGCGUCGGUCGCCCCAACCAACCCCACGCAACGCACCCCCGAAGGGCGCACGCGUACUCACCCCCGGAGCGCUCCGGACGCUCACCCGACGUCGCCGUCGCCGCCGGUUUCACUUUCAUUCUUCGGUUCGCGCGCGAACCAGUUCACAUCUUGUGCGAGCCGCCCGUCGAGUCGCCGCCGGCACUUUCAGUUUCGGAACUCUCGACCAUGACGGUCCAAAACUGACCAUCUCAUCUUCGUCGUUGGUGAUUUAGUGCCGGUCUCUAUACACCGAAAUUCGUCCAAGAGACGUGUCAACAGAUAAUGAUUAUGAUUAACUAGAUAACCGCUGUUUAGAGGGAACAUCUUCGAUAUUGGCUAAUUUAAUUCUGGAAUACAAAGCUUCUUUGAUGACCUUACAAUCUGAAUUGUACGAAGCAGAAUCAUUGUCCUGAUACACUUACACUUAGAUAAGAAUAUAAGGUUUGAUAACCUAUUUGAGAUAGUUGUAAAGAGCUUCAGAAUUGAAAGAACGUCUCUCGAAUAACAACAAGUAAGUUGUAGAAGUAGAACUUUGAAUCUUUUGAAUGAAACAUAUCUGUUAUUCAAAUAGAAAAACAUACUCCUCAAGGUAGAUCCGCAGCUUCAGAAAACGAACAUAUAUUACUUUCGUUAAUUCGUCUAAUAACCAAUACACUUUCUGAGUAAAUAGAAAAUUCAGGUUCUUGUCAGUUUGACGCUUUUAAUUAAAGCUGUUAAGAACUGAAGCAGAACGAUAUACGUAUUUAGAUACUGUUUGAACGAGGAAGUCGAGAAAACAACUACAUAACUUCAGAAAUAAAAUCAUAAUUACUAUUAUCACUGUAACUAAGCUGUAGGACGUAGAAUUUUGGAUAUUUUGAAUUAGACAUAUCUACCCUUGAAGCAAAAGAAAACGAACUUAUUUGGUCCUAUUAAUAACAUCAGCACUGCCAUAUUGAAAAGUGCCAUACUGAGGAAUCCUACCACGGAAGAACUAUAAUUGAUACGUACUCUCUAUGAAAAUACUGUAAUAGUUUUAUCAAACUAAUUUUUCAUUGUAUUUACUUUACUUUUACUCCAAGCAACGCCAGUAAAUAAUUAUCACCAUAACUGUAAAUAGAAACGUUAUUCAUUAGGAAAAGACCUUGCGAAUUAAUCUGGCAUUGGUACGUGCAUCUUAUCUGCUAAAUUCAAGAUCGAAACUUAUCAGACAAUUAACAAAACUUUUUGUAUUCCUGUGUAACUGUAGUGCUUGAGAUUUUUGUUCCUCGCUCGUGCAAUAAUAUAUGCUUUAAUAUCUAGGAACUCUGUAAUUAUAUUACGAUAGGAAGUAAGGUCCGUAGAUCUGUCACCGCCAGCCACUUACUUAGGGUGACCAGUUAAGUACGCAAACAGUUUUUUUCGGCCAGAAAAAAAUUGCAACCAGCUAAUCACAAUGCAAACCUCGACGAUCAUCUUCAAAACGGACGCGACGGAGUUUCGUAUCCCUUCGGGCGCGAUCGUGUCCUCUUCGACGUCAUCGCCGACGACGACAUCGAUGCGGCCGCCGCCGCCUCCGCCGCCCCCAAAGGUCAAACUUGCCGCCGAAUGCAAACUGGAGGAACCCACUAGCUCCAUUCCAGAUCUAGAAUUUGACGGUACGACAGUGCUAUGCCGAGUAUGCGGCGACAAGGCCUCCGGUUUUCACUAUGGCGUCCACUCCUGCGAAGGCUGCAAGGGUUUCUUCCGGCGCAGCAUCCAGCAAAAGAUCCAGUACAGGCCCUGCACCAAGAACCAGCAGUGCUCCAUCCUGAGAAUCAACAGGAACAGGUGCCAGUACUGCCGCUUGAAGAAAUGCAUCGCCGUCGGCAUGUCCAGGGAUGCUGUCAGAUUUGGUCGCGUUCCCAAAAGAGAAAAAGCCCGCAUCUUGGCGGCAAUGCAACAAAGUUCCAACUCUCGCACUCUGGAGAAAGCAGUCGCUGCCGAACUGGAUGACGAGCAAAGGCUUCUAGCCACCGUGGUGAGAGCGCAUAUUGACACGUGCGAUUUCACCCGGGACAAAGUGGAGCCCAUGCUACAACGCGCCAGAGAGCAGCCCUCUUACACGGCUUGCCCUCCGACACUGGCAUGCCCGCUGAAUCCUAAUCCGCAGCCACUGACUGGCCAACAGGAGUUACUCCAAGACUUCUCCAAAAGAUUCUCUCCGGCCAUUCGAGGAGUCGUCGAAUUUGCUAAGCGUAUUCCCGGCUUCUCUCUGCUCUCCCAGGAUGAUCAAGUCACCUUGUUGAAGGCUGGCGUUUUUGAAGUGCUACUUGUGCGCCUCGCGUGUAUGUUCGAUUCUCAAACAGCUAGUAUGAUCUGUUUGAAUGGACAAGUGUUGAAAAGAGACUCUAUACAUAAUAGCUCUAACGCGCGUUUUCUUAUGGACAGUAUGUUCGAUUUCGCCGAAAGAAUGAAUUCGCUCAGAUUAUCCGACGCCGAAAUCGGUCUUUUCUGCUCCAUUGUGGUCAUCGCCGCCGAUCGACCCGGUCUACGUAACACCGAAUUGAUUGAGAAGAUGCAAAGCAAGCUGAAACAUUGCUUACAAGCAGUUGUUACCCAGAAUCAUCCCGGUCAACAUCAUAUAUUAGAAGAGUUGGUGAAGAAAAUUCCUGAUCUCAGAACGCUUAACACUCUCCACUCUGAAAAACUACUAGCAUUUAAAAUGACCGAACAGCAACAGAUGAUGCAGCAACAACAACAUCAUUUGUGGGGUUCUCCCUCUGAAGAAGAGAGCAAUAGCAAGAGUCCAGCUGCAUCAUCAUGGUCGUCCUCAUCAGACGUUACUAUGGACGAAGCUAAGUCACCUCUCGGUUCUGUUUCCAGUACGGAAUCGAUGUGCUCAUCUGAAAUGAUCUCCAACGAAUACCACCACGUGCAACAUCACGUGAGUGCGAAUGUCGCUAGUGCACCUCUUUUAGCCGCUACCUUGGCUGGAGGUCUGCCGCAUCGCCAUAGAGCAAACUCUGGAUCCACUUCUUCCGGAGAUGAUGAAUUGGCCGCAACAUCACACCUAAUCCAUAAUGGAUUGACUAUAACUCCAGUAUCCAGACCGCCCGUUACACCAAGAUUUAGAAAGCUAGAUUCUCCUAGCGAUUCUGGUAUCGAGUCAGGCACAGAGAAAGUUGAUAAGCCAACUUCAGUUUGCUCCAGCCCCAGAUCAUCUGUAGAUGACCACCAUAUUGUAGAAGAUAUGCCUGUUCUAAAACGAGUUCUUCAAGCACCCCCAUUAUACGACACCAACUCUCUAAUGGAUGAAGCGUACAAGCCGCAUAAGAAAUUCCGCGCUUUAAGAAACAAAGAUUCCGCCGAGGCAGAACCUGCGGUAGUUGUUUCACCACAACCGCAACCAGUGUCUCAGCUGCAGAUGCAACUUUCGUCUCCACCACAAUCCUCACUGUCCAGCUCCCAUUCUAUGCUUGCUAAGAGCCUUAUGGAAGGUCCACGUAUGACAGCCGAGCAAAUGAAAAAUACCGAAGUCAUACACAGCUACAUCAUGCGUGGCGAGUCAGCACCUGCAGCGUCACCCCAUGUGACGGCAUCUCCAACGGCCUGCCCUUACAAAAGCGGCGGCCUUCUGCAGCCUGCCUGGGCCACCAGUGUCAUCACCAGCGCCCGUUCAGCUUCCAGCCCGCUGCAACUGCACCCUCAGUCGCCGCACUCCACCUCGCCGGCUCCCCCGCAGUCGAGGUCACCGCGGAGUCCGCACCCUCCGCGGCUUCUAGAGCUGCAGGUGGACGUGGCCGACUCGCAGCAGCCCCUCAAUCUGUCCAAGAAGUCGCCGUCCCCGUCGCCGCGACCCAAGGUGGUUACGCUAGAGGUGUAGGUCGACCCUCGGCCCAACAACAGUACAAAGUGGAGUGCGCGUGUCCGCGGUGAGAGACUGUCAGCCUUGCCCGGGCCUUCUGGUGCCACUUUAAUCGUAUGCAAACCAAAUAAUUCGUAAAGCUGUAUAUUCAUUCACCUUACUAUCGCUGUCUAUAUUAUCUGUAUGUCGAUGUGUGACCAUGUUGUAGUGUAGUCACCCUGUAUAGUUACUUCCUGAGCCAUGGUGGGCGCCGACUUUGUACAUAGCGGACCAACCCUGCGCGGUCGCCCACCACCCUUUUAGUUAGGACUCCAUUCAAACAAUCAGUAAUUUAAAUAGAUAAUCUGUAAAUAGCUAUUUAUGAUUAAUUCUGGCAUCGGCACCCAAUCAAUCCUAUCUUAUAGAUUUAUUAUAUUAUUUGUUAAUAUUAUAUAUGUGAUAAAUUGAUUUGUAGGAUAUAUUUAUAAGUUUUGUGUUAAAUUACGUAUCUCAGUUUGUAAAAAUCCAUAAUCAUCGAUCGUUCACCCAUGAUUGCAUCCUCAUCCCGUCAUGUAUUUGUAUCGCCACCAUUUUUCAUUUAGAGAUAGGCGCGAGUCGGAGAGGAGACCCUGAGACUGAGGGGGGACUCCCCCACCCACGUACUAGGCCCUGACAAGAAAGGGUCAACUCACCGUUCGGGGUGCCCUCCAUUGUUAGUCUCCCGCUCGCAAUUAGGACGUGAUCAGUUCUGCCCUCAACCCGCGAAGUGACUGCCGCUGCUGGUCGUUACAAAACUAGCGGGUUCGUCACUUCCGCCAUUUCAUAUCGUCGAAUUAAUUAAUAUUUAAUUUAUCUAUUCUCCAAGGAACGCGACCGGCAACUUGCGUUGUCUGUGGCGGUCCGAGGAGUUCCCUACUUAUUGCUGUAAUAAUUUUAUAAAUUGGGAGCUUGUUGAGGCCGACAGAAUAAAACGUCUUGGUGAUAUAUAAUUA